UUUCCUUCAUAUAUAUAGGCUAGCAAGAGCUUCAACUCCCCCGGGUAACUGUUCUGCUAGUCUCAAUAUUGAUCCGUGAACCUGUUUAUCUUUCUGGAACUCAGAUAUGGUAGAAAUUUUGAGGAGUCCGCUUGCGCUUUGUAUUACAUCCAACAGUUUUCCUGCGCAACAAUUCCCGGUUUUUAGGGAAAGAAGAAUCUGUCUUGAAUGUUUUCUUUGCAAUAUAGAUUUUAGUUUGUCCAGCAGAAAAUUGAAACAAAGGCAUUCUAGAGUACGUAGCCUAAAUAUGGCAUCGGUGGUUAACGAUUAUGGUUGUUUGAGCAGAACUCAGAUGAUAAGAUUGCCAGUAAUGAAGUGGCCAGUUGAAUCUAUAAAGAAAAGGGUUAAUCCAUUUGUGGCUACUUGCUUAGAAUCUGGGUUGGGUUUUAAGGAAGACGAAGGAAUAAUAUCGACUCACGAAAGAGAAGAGGAACCUGGUACAGUUUCUUAUGAACAGCAGUCGCCUACCUGGAGAAAUUUAGAGUUUCAGGAUAAUUCUGAUGUUAAUACUAGUGCAGCUAGUCCACUUUCUUCUGACUCUGAAGUUAUGGUUGGUCUGCUUGAACCCAGACUGUAUUUUCUAGAGGAGAGGGAUGAACAGGUACUGUCAAAAAGGAUCUUGAGCCUUAGCAGAUCUAAUAAGGUUAGAAGUGCUUUCGAUCUGUAUAUGUCUGUGGAAGUUUCAGGUCUUCAAGCUAGUCUACAUGCAUGUAAUUCACUUCUCUCGUGUCUUUUGAGGAACCAGCUGCUUGAUGAUGCUUUGAGAAUUUUUGAUAUGAUGAAGGAGAAGGAAAUGACUUCCGGCCAUACAUAUAGCUUGAUCCUCAAAGCAGUUGCAAACACUCGAGGUAGCGAUUCAGCCCUCAAAAUGUUUGGUGAAUUGGAAGCCAAAGGUGUGGCUAAGAAUUGUUUUGAUGCUAUUGUUUACAAUACUAUGAUAUCAAUUUGUGCAAAAGCAAACAACUGGGUUCAAGCAGAAAGAAUAUGGAGAAAUAUGAAGGAGAAUCAUCAGAGUGGAACGACAAUAACUUACAAUCUGUUAGUCAGCAUUUUUGUUCGAUGUGAUCAGAAUGAACUUGCCCUUGAUGCCUACCAUGAGAUGAUCCAAGAUGGAUUGAAACCAAGCGAGGAUAUUAUGAUAGCUGUAAUAGUAACCUGCACAAAAGAUGGGAAGUGGAGUUUGGCGCUGAGUAUCUUCCAGAACAUGUUGGAAAGUGGAUUCAACCCAAGUACAACUGCCUGCAAUGCCUUGAUCAAUUCACUUGGGAAAGCAGGGGAAGUUGAAUUAGCUUUCAAGGUUUAUGAUCUCGUGAGAUCUUUGGGUCAUGCACCUGAUACAUACACAUGGAAUGCAUUGCUCGGUGCUUUGUACAGCGGUAACCGAUAUGGAGAUGUUCUAAGGCUGUUUGAGAGCAUUAAAAGGGAGCAGAAUUCUCAACUAAAUCUUCAUCUGUAUAAUAAAGCUCUAAUGUCUUGCCGAAGACUAGCUUUAUGGGAUCAAUCUCUGCAACUUCUAUGGCAGAUGGAAACUAGUGGACUACCAGUGCCAACUGCAUCAUAUAAUUUUGUUAUUGGUGCUUGUGAGGUUGCAAGGAAGCCAAAAGUUGCUCUGCAAGUAUAUGAACACAUGGUUCACCAGAACUGCACUCCAGAUAUAUUCACUUAUCUGUCACUAAUACGAGCUUGCAUUUGGGGAUCUCUCUGGGCCGAAGUGGAGGAAAUUCUAGAACAUGUUGCUCCAGAUGUGUCUCUUUACAACACUAUUAUUCAAGGGAUGUGUCUAAGGGGUAAAACCACAUCCGCAAGGAAACUGUACAUGAAAAUGCGUGAGAGAGGGCUUAAACCCGAUGGUAAAACAAGAGCUUUGAUGCUUCAGAACUUCACAAAAGAUUCAGUUAGACAAGGUAACAGGUACCGUUUCCGCAAAUGAUGUGAAUUGAAUAAAA